AUGAAACACAAGCCAAUCGACGGCAAGGAAGAAGCAAAGAUGAAGAUCACGACGCGGAAGAAGAAGAAAACCGGCGCCAAGCUUUUGCUGACUCAGCGCUUUUUUUUUUUUUUUUUUUUUUUUUUACUUACUGAAGCUUCAGCACGAAGAAGCCAGGAAGGAAAAGCAGAAAAAGAAGGGGAGAAAGAGGAGGAGAAGGAAGACAAAGAAGAGAGGACAUAUCGAGACGAGCUGACGAUGGCGAACGAGGCUUUUGACCUGCCACUGGCGAAGCGGCAGAAGGUCGUGACGGAGAAGUCCAGCCAUUCACGCGCGCCAGACGGAUCUCGCAUCUUCACACCUUUCAGAACUCUGGGCCUUGUUUCGUCGACGUCCGUUCCGUUUACCUCGAUCCCACUAGGCAAGACAACCUUUCAAAUAACAACAUCAGUUGGCCAGUCCUUGCAGACAUAUGACCUACGACGAGGUCUCAGUCUUGUCUUCUUGACCCGGCCACAGACACCGGCUUUGAUUACAGCGACCCAUGCAUGGAGGGACCGUGUGUUUGCGGCCUGGGGCGGCCAGUCAGCGGCUCAGCAGAGCGGUGUUUGGGUGUUUAAGCGUGGGAAGAAGGUGGCUGAGCUGGAGAUGCCUUCUAUUGCCCCAGGGUCUGUCGCUCAAUCGGUGGAUCGAUUGGUCGUCUUUGGAUCCUGGAUUGUCGGAUGCUGCAGCAAUCGUAUCAUCGUGUGGAAAUCGGCAGAUUACUCCCAUUAUACAACCCUUACUCCUGCGGCCACCAAGGAGUUUACUAAGCUAGUUCCUAGUACUUUAUGUACCAUGCCUACGUACCUUAACAAAGUCUUUGUUGGACGUUCUGACGGUUGCGUUGAUAUCUGGAAUGUGUCUACCGGGAAAUUGGUGUACUCAGUCCUCCCUACUAUUCCAGGCGCAGGUGCAGUCAGCGCAUUGCAGCCAUCUCCAGCCUUAUCUCUCCUCGCAAUUGCAUAUGCAUCCGGAUCGUUAGUGAUACAUAAUAUCCGAACAGACAAGCCCGUGCUUUGCUUGAAGAAACCUGGGCUCACCAAUAGUGCUCCUAUAACGUCUAUCUCUUUCCGUACAGAUGGAAUUGGGGCUGGGGAGGAUGGGCGGCAGGAUGGUGUAUUGGCCACUGGUAGUGCUGACGGCGGUGAUAUUGUCCUGUGGGAUUUGAAUAACGGCGGUCGUGUGACUGGUGUUGUGAGAAAUGCGCAUGAACCAUCUGGAGAAGACAGGAGUGUGCAGAUAAACAAAGUCGAGUUCCUGCCCGGUCAGCCAGUCAUGGUCUCAACCGGCUCGGACAAUGCUCUACGCACCUGGAUAUUCGACCAGACUCCUUUUUCCCCAAUCCCAAGACCGCUUCAUGCCAGAUCCGGCCACUCCGCGCCAAUUACGAAAGUCAUGUUUGUUCCCUCGGGAUCCGAUGGGUCUGAAGUAGUAGGCAAAUGGCUGCUAAGUGCUGGCCAGGACCGCAGCCUGUUUGGUCUUAGCUUGCGCAAGGAUUCCCAGAAUACGGAGCUCUCUCAGGGAAAUGUAAAGAGCAAAGCCAAAAAGAUCGGCGCGUCAAGCACGUCCGCCAGCCAGCAAACCAUUCGUUAUGAAGAAUUGAAAGCUCCCGAAAUAACAUGCUUGGCUUGCUCUCUGAACCGAGAUGGUGGUAUGGGAGCAGCCGCUGGAGGACCCAUAUGGGCUAAUUCGAAGGCCACAAGUGCAGAGAACACAAAUAUGACCGGCUGGGAGAGCAUUGUUACUGGGCAUAAGGGUGACAAGUUUGCGCGUACAUGGAUUUGGGGUAAGAAGAAAGCCGGCCGUUGGGCUUUGGAGACUGGUGACAGUACUGAGGUGAAGAGUGUGGCCAUGUCUCAAUGUGGGACAUUUGCCUUGGUUGGCUCCGAUGGCGGCUCACUAGUCAUGUAUAACCUGCAGUCUGGAAUCCGUCGACAGUCAUUCCCACCACGCCUGACGCCGGCCCAAGCUAAGAAGGCAAAGCUACAACGGCUUGUUGAUGGAGAUGAGAACGAGCUCGAUAAGAAGAAGUCUGCUAAACAUACUAAAGCCAUCACAGGCAUCGUAGUUGACAGUUUAAAUACUACUGUUGUCAGUUGUGGACUUGAUGGUAAAGUUAAGUUUUGGAAUUUGAUUACGGGUCAACUUCUGGAUGAGUUAGAUUGGAAUCCUAUGUGUGCCAUCACUGGCCUACGGUUCAGCAGCACCAGUGACCUUCUGGCUCUCAGCUGUGACGAUCUUUCCAUCCGUGUAAUCGACAUCCAGACGAAAAAGCUAGUCCGUGAACUCUGGGGAUGUGUUGGCCAGGUCAACGACUUUACCAUCUCAAAUGACGGACGCUGGAUCGUUGCUGCCUCCAUGGACUCGGUUAUCCGCGUCUGGGAUUUGCCAACUGGCCAUCUGAUUGAUGCAUUUAGGCUGAAGAAUACAUGUGUUUCCCUCUCAUUUUCAAGCACUGGCGAGUUCCUUGCUACGGCCCAUGCAGAGGGCGUAGGGAUCAACCUUUGGAAUAACAAGUGUCUGUUUAUGCAUGUUCCGACAAGACAUAUCGAGGAAGAUACGGCUGUAGCGGUUGCUGCUCCAACCGCAUCAGGAGAGGGCGGAGUUGCUAUGAUAGAGGCAGCUUUUGAUGACAGUUGGUUAUCAGAUGACCAGAAACAGCCUGUGCUUACCCCUGACCAGCUUUCUCAUAACAUGAUGACCUUGAGCAUGACUCCAAAGACCAGGUGGCAGACCCUACUGCACCUUGACACUAUAAAGGUAUGCUGGCUGUUAUUAUCAACAUUAUUUCCUCAUUCAGAGUUCCAUCUGCUAAUAUGUCUACAGCAACGAAAUAAGCCAAAGGAAGCCCCAAAGAAGCCAAAGAAAGCUCCCUUUUUCUUGCCGUCUCUUGAGUCAAGAUCUGCAUCCGGUACAGUAAGUAUCGGCAACGCCUCUGCAGACCAGGAUGAAGACGAUAGGAAAAGACUCCAGGCGGAACGGAGCCGCAUUGCGCGGAUACAGCGAAUGAACGGGUCGGCAGGAGGGCAAUUAUCGAAGUUUACAACCUUGCUGCACUCCGCCGGCGAAGCUGAUGACUUCACUCCAUUUAUUGAGUACCUGAAGCUGCUCUCUCCAGCAAACACUGAUCUAGAGAUACGCUCACUCGAUCCAAGGAGCCAGGAUGGCCAGGAUAAUGAGCUAGCCCUCUUUGUCCGUGCGCUGACGGAACGUCUCCGCCAAAAGCGAGAUUUUGAGUUGGUCAACACGUGGAUGGCUGUUUUCCUGCGUGUCCACGACGAUGCCGUCGAAGCAGCGGUUGGGCCGCAGCCAUCCGAGGGCAACGGGGCCAUCUUCGGGCCGAAUGUGGCUUUGCAGCAGGCUCUGAGAGAGUGGAAGGCUGAGCAGGAGAGCGAGGCCAAGCGACUGGCGGAUCUGGUCAGCUACUGUCGUGGCAUUGUUGGCUUCUUACGCUCAGCACGAUAA